GCCCCUCCCCUAUAAGUCCCACCUGGGCACCGCAUCGCAUCCCAGUUCCGACGACACCAUGGCUGGCACGUGCGCGCACGUGGAGUUCAUCCGCGCGCAGCCGGCGUGGGCGCUGGCGCUCGCGGCCGUGGGGCUCCUCGUCGCCGCCCGCGCCGCCGUCCGCCUCGCGCUCUGGGUCUACGCCGCGUUCCUGCGCCCGGGCAAGCCCCUGCGCCGCCGCUACGGCGCCUGGGCCGUCGUCACCGGCGCCACCGACGGCAUCGGCCGCGCCAUCGCGUUCCGCCUCGCCGCGGCUGGGCUCGGGCUCGUCCUCGUCGGCCGCAACCCGGAGAAGCUCGCCGCGGUGGCCGCCGAGAUCAAGGCCAAGCACCCCAAGGUCCCCGAGGUGCGCACCUUCGUGCUCGACUUCGCCGGCGAGGGGCUCGCCGCGGGGGUGGAGGCGCUGAAGGAGGCCAUCCGGAGCCUCGACGUCGGCGUGCUCGUCAACAACGCCGGUGUGUCGUACCCGUACGCGCGCUACUUCCACGAGGUGGACGAGGAGCUGAUGCGCAGCCUGAUCCGGGUCAACGUCGAGGGCGUCACGCGGGUCACGCACGCCGUGCUGCCCGGCAUGGUCGAGAGGAAGCGCGGCGCCAUCGUCAACAUAGGCUCCGGUGCCGCCUCCGUCGUGCCCUCCGAUCCGCUCUACUCCGUCUACGCCGCCACCAAAGCGUAUGUUGACCAAUUCUCAAGAUGCCUUUAUGUUGAGUACAAGAGCAAGGGUAUUGAUGUGCAGUGCCAGGUGCCCUUGUAUGUGGCGACAAAGAUGUCAUCCAUCAGGAAAUCUUCCUUCAUGGUCCCAUCUGCUGACACCUAUGCCCGCGCUGCUGUCCGCCACAUUGGAUAUGAGCCUAGGUGCACGCCGUACUGGCCGCACUCUGUUGUGUGGUUCUUGAUCUCCAUGCUUCCCGAGUCCCUAGUAGACAGCGUGCGCCUGAACAUGUGCAUCAAGAUCCGCAAGAAGGGGCAAGCUAAGGAUGCCAAGAAGAAAGCACAGUGACCCCUGAUGCUUGCUGAACUAUGAUGAAAUUUGCAAUGCUUCUCCUGGACAAUUAUCUCUAGCAUUGCUGUAGGCACUUUAUGAAGUAGUUAAAUUGCCUUCUGAAUCUGUUUAAGUUGAGGAUGAUGUUGUUCCCUCCACGGUUAUGAAGCAGAUACCUGUAAUUUUUUUUUCAUUUCGGAACAGCAGAUGCACUUAAAGUGGAAAUGGUAUUGACUUGAAGUUGUGCAGCUCUGUUUAGCUGCCUUCUAA